CUGAGGGUGGAGAGAACAGACAAAACACAGGAGGCGGCUUUUAUACCAUGACAGUCUCGGGAGGUUUUUGACGAAUCCCGUGAUAAUGAUCCGGAUUGUGAGCAGUCUGCGUUUUAAUUCCGCUUGCGCAGCGCAACUGAAACUAAUAAGGAACAUUAAAGUUAGCAGCCGGCACAGCUCGUAUGAUGUGGCUGUGGUGGGAGGAGGGAUUGUGGGCCUCGCUGCGGCCCGAGAGCUCAUUUUGCGGCAUCCAACGCUCAACUUCAUUCUGCUGGAGAAAGAAAAAGAGCUUUCUAUGCAUCAGAGUGGGCACAACAGCGGCGUCAUUCACAGUGGGAUUUACUACACGCCGGGAUCGCUGAAGGCUCGUCUGUGUGUGCGAGGAGCCACUUUAGCCUAUGAAUACUGUGACAAGAAAGGACUUCCCUACAAGAGAUGUGGAAAGCUUAUUGUUGCCUUGGAGCAGGAGGAGAUACCAAGACUGAGAGCUCUACAUGAACGGGGCAUGCAGAACAAUGUACGCGACCUCAGUAUUGUAGACGCCAAGGGGAUCAGGGAACGUGAGCCUUACUGCAGGGGUAUAAUGGCCUUGGAUUCACCGUACACUGGGAUUGUGGACUGGAGAAUGGUUGCUCUUCAGUAUGGAAAAGACUUUGAAGAGGCUGGAGGCAAGGUGGUAACAGAGUAUGAGGUCUCUGAUAUUGCCAUGGCGAAGGAGAACCCUGCUGGUAGCACUGAAGGAAUGAAUUAUCCAAUUGCUGUCAGAGACGAGAAGGGCAACGAGGUGCGGUGCCGUUACGUCCUGACCUGUGGGGGUCUGUAUUCGGACCGCCUGUCACAGAUAUCAGGAUGCGGUCGAGAACCACGGAUUGUACCCUUCAGAGGAGACUACUUGAUCCUCAAGCCAGAGAAACACUAUCUGGUUAAGGGAAAUAUUUACCCAGUCCCUGACCCACGAUUCCCCUUUCUUGGAGUGCACUUCACCCCGCGAAUGGAUGGGAAUAUUUGGCUUGGCCCAAAUGCAAUCCUGGCUUUCAAAAGAGAGGGUUACAAUAUGUUUGACUUCCAUGUGAAAGAUUUUGCCGACGCAGUGUUCUACAGAGGACUUCAGAAGCUUGUAUGGAAGAACAUCAUAUAUGGAAUGGAAGAAUUUUAUAGAGGAAUGUUUAUUGGAGCUCAGGUUAAAAUACUGCAGAAGUACAUCCCACAAAUGUCAGCCAGUGACGUGCUCAGGGGUCCAUCAGGAGUUCGAGCUCAAGCCCUUGACCGGAACGGAAAGCUCGUGGAUGACUUUGUGUUUGACGGUGGCGUCGGGGACGUGGGCAGUCGAGUGCUCCACGUGCGUAACGCUCCCUCGCCGGCGGCUACCUCCUCCCUUGCCAUUGCUGAAAUGAUCGCAGAUGAGGUGGAUAGCCGCUUUUCCCUGUAGGA